AUGGCGGCUACCGUCGUGAUUGACAUACCCGCUGUCAUAGAGCUCGAAGCAGUCCCGGAUGCGUUGUAUGGAGAUCUCCCAGAACAACAAGAGAAGGUCACGCCGGCUUCGCCAAUGAGCGACUUCCGUACCACAGCUGAGUCAGAGGUCUCAACAAGGAUAGCUGCAACCCAGAUCGCAAGGGUGUUGCAUGCGCAGUAUGGCUUGCUCGCAGGCGGGGUCACCACAGCCGACGACGGAAUCACGACUAGAUCAACGAAAGGACGCAAGUUCAUGGUAGACAUCGUUCCCCAGGUUGAGCGCUCCUUGUUCACCGAAAAGUACGGUCCAAAGUCGUUCGUACGGAACUACGUACUAGGGAAGCUAUGUACGCUGAACUGCCAGUACGCAAUCAUCGAUGACCCUCACGAAACUAUGGCCCAGGCCCAAACCCGGCAAGCAAACGCACAGGCGUACACCGAUGCCAUCACUACGCUCCAGACGAAAUGGUACGCUACCUACGAAGACGCACGUACACGGGCAGAGAAUGACGAGGAAAAGCUCGUAGGAGACAAGCUUGCGAAGGCUAUGCUGUACACGGAUCAUUACAAGAGGCUCAGAGACAACGUUCCUCAACCUCAGUACUCCGUUCAGGUCGCAACCACAAGUUUCACCACCAGGCAGGCUGUGGAUGCCAACAUGAACGUUCCGUUGUACUUCCUACCUAAGCGUCAAAGGGUCAGUAUUUGGGUGAACAAUUUCAACAACGACGUAUUUACUACAUUCUUCGGAUUGUCCCGCGAGAUCCUGGACUUACGUCGCCUACGGCAAGAACCCGAAUACCGCAGCAUGUGGUCUGCCUUCUGGGGCCACAUCUGCGAUAACUUCCAUCGUAUGCUUGUGGGCUAUGACAACUCAGUCGAGCAAUGCCGCAUAUAUGCGUCCGACGUCCGAGUUCGACACAACGCUAAGUUUCCUGAGAAUGGUCGCACCAACAAAGCCUACGAUCGCGUGCGCAACCUCGCGAAAGAUCUAGACAAAUGGGGCGACUGGAAGCAAACCCCGAUCCUGAACAUUGCGGAACGUGGGUUCAAACGAAAGAAUCAGGACCCUCACGGCCCCUCUCGCCCCAACCCCAACGAUGGCUACGACUUCGCCGACGAUCUUCCGGAGUAA